AUGCCGCGUCGACUUCCAUGGGCGAAGAAAGACACAGCAGGAGCAAAGAAAACAACCCCAUAUGCAGACCUUGUACCGCGCAUAUCUGAUAAUGACGAUGAGUUCUUGGAAGACGUGAUAGCGGCCAGCAGUAGUAAAGGAAAUCAACAAGCCAGCGAGUCAGAUGAUGAUCUCCCCAAUCUACCAGCAGAACCGUCAACACCACACACCAAAUCCAGAACAAAAGAUGCAUGGAGAAAGGGACGUGAAGUUUCGUCAUCACCUCCACCUCUAGCGGGAGAUCUCGAGCAACCACGUGUUGAAUAUAUGCACGGCGCAAUCUCCAAAUUCGACCUACGCGACGAUGAAUGGAUGAUGGUUGAAGACGAAUUUCUCCAGACGGCAAAGCUAUUCACUCGACACUUGCACAUUGCAGAAUACGAGAAACUCAAGGAGACGAUUGAGGAAAAGAAAGAAGGUGCUGAUGUAGCGAGGCCAGUAGUUCCCAACGCGAAGAUGUCUGAUGUUGGGGUCAUGAAAGAUAGAGCCAAAGCUCAAGAGCAGAAGCAAAAGAGAGCUCUUCAAGCCGUUUUUGCGUCUCAAGACGACGAUGGGGCAGAAGAACAACGGGCUUCGCUUUCAACCCACACGUCACGGGUUCCAACAACAACACCAUCAUAUGCCGCCUCCAAAAGAACUCUAGGAACCUCAGCAAAGCAGCAAUCAGUGGCACGCACAACAUCAGACAGCGAUAGCGAAGAUCUCGAUACUCUACGGCCCCCAGCAAAGCCACCCCUCAAAGCCACCAAAUCGGCCCCAUCAAAAAUAAGCAGCACCCCAAGUCGACUGAUCGGUGCCUCGUCUCUCAAUCUCACUACCAAAUCUUCACCCCCUACCUUCACCAAACCCGCCCUGCCCCCACCCCCAGCAAAAUCCCGCUCAAGACCCCCCCGCCUCGCAAAACCCUUCGACAUGCUCGACGACUGGACACCCCCCAAAUCGCAACCCCCACCCAUUCCGUCUCCCAAACCAACUACAAGCAAACCCUCUCACUCCUUUGAUUCCACCGAAACAGUGAAACAUGGCCUGCAUACGCGAUCAGCGAGUUCAGCGGCGGAAAUGGGGGCGCAGCAUGUGAGACAUGAGGGCGGUGCUGGGGGUAGAGAUGUUGUGGAGAGGUUGGUGAAGCGUAAGGUUGAGCGGGAGAGGAAGGAAAUGGAGGGUCAGGAGGGGAAGAAGAGGAGGACAGGGGAUGUGGAUGAUAUUCCAACGUUUUUGUUUUGA